AUGGAAUACACCAUCGACCUGUUUGAGAGCAACUAUGCUCCAAUUGUCUCUGAUACUGCGACUGGUGAGAACUACGCCAUGUCAUUUCUGAUUGGAAGUGCAAUUGUGGCCCUGCCAGUUGCUGGCUCCAAGAACAGGUGGGUUGCGACACUCUCCCUGCUCUGCUGCCUGGUCUUCUCUGUCCAAGAGAAGAUCAAGACGGUGAUUCUGGUUGCAUCAACCAGAGACUACGUGUUUCUCAAGGGCACCUCUGACAUGUUGCAGCAGUUCAGCAGGCCACAGCUCUUCGUUGUGUCCAUCGUGAUUGCAGCAGUCGUCAACUACUUCUUCACGCAGCUGAUGUAUUUCAUCGUAUUUAUCUUCUACGUCUCAGCCGUAUUUGCUGCCUCCAUGAAGUACAAGAACGAGUUGAAUGAGAUUGUUUCAAAUGCCCCUGAUGACGUACACGGUGUGAUCAGAUUCCUCCACAAUCCACUUGUUGCCAUCUGCAUCCUCUACGUCGUCUACUACUUCAUCAGGAACAUCGUGGUCGCAUUGCUCUUUGCUGUUCUGGGAACAAUGAUGGUUGGGAUGAUGGUUGAAAUUGUUGCUGGAUCUGGGCGGAGACAGGUGCACGAAAUGUUUCUUGAUUUGAAGAGAGGGGUGGUUUCAGACUACUCCGCCCUGGGGGUGCUUCUGGGCGUAUCCGUCUUCUUCGUCACUUUGCAGUACAAUUUGUGGGGCACCCUGAUGAGGAGACUCACCAGAAAGAGGCAGAAGAAGAUGCUCUUCACUGAUCCAUAUGGAAAGGAGAUGUUUGUGAUGUGA